GGGAUGGACACGAACCGCCGGUGCACCUUAUAUAUGUUAGAAAAGCUUGGAGAUUCAUCUUGCCAUUAAUAUUCGUCAUGCUCCCUGCUCGUAUGUGGACGACAGCAGCACCUAUCCUGCGGGCGUCGCGUGAUACUCGGGGCCUACCAGUCCUUGUUGGAAAUUACCUGCGGGCUCGACUACCGACAUCUAGCCUUCGUUCAAUUCCCUUGCGCCAACUCUCAACAUCAUCUCCUCGACAUGCUCAGUAUACGCGCUUUCCAUCCGAAAAACACCGCCACCCAUCGGGAGAGGUGAUAGACAAUCGCAUGAAGUUUGCUAUUGCACUUGUUGCAGUCGGAGGAGCAUAUUAUGUCGUGCAUUUAGAAAAAGUCCCUGAAACAGGUAGGUGGCGAUUUAUGGAUAUCAGCCCCAAGUAUGAGACAAAGCUUGCACAGGCAGCAUACGACGAGCUCUUGGCUGAAUUCCGAGGCAAGAUACUGCCUUCCAAUCAUCCUGUGACACAACACGUUCAACGAGUUGUUAAUCGUAUUCUUGAAUCAUCGGAUCUUGGCCACUUGCGUUCUAGCGAGCCUCGCCGGUCACUAGUGGAAGCACUAGAUGACUUCUGGAGCGAAGACUCAUUCACCACUGGAAGGCCUUCCGGGGAGUCGUCUACCCCAGAAAGCGGAGGUAAAGAAUGGAAUUUGCUUGUUGUGAAUGAUCCAUCCGUUGUGAACGCCAUGGCCACCUUUGGAAAUAUCGUGGUUUUCACCGGAAUAUUACCUAUAUGCAAGGAUGAACAGGGUUUGGCUGCUGUCCUUGGACAUGAGAUGGCCCACGUGGUUGCUCGACAUGCUUCUGAACGCUAUUCGUCCUCUAAAGUAUUCCUAGCGCUAGCAGUUCUUCUGCAAACAGUCUUCGGGUUCGAUUUUGGAAUCACCCACCUCAUAAGCACGCUGCUACUGGAGCUACCCAAUUCGCGGACUCAGGAAUACGAGGCCGAUACUAUCGGCAUGCAGCUCAGUGCAAGGGCAUGUUUUGACCCCCAGGCUGCUGUGGAAAUGCAUACGCGACUCGCACAAUAUGAAAAGGCGCAUGGAGCAACGAGUCUAGAAUUCUUGCGUACGCACCCUGGUGCAGAACGGAGAAUCAAACAUCUUGAGGAACUGAUACCAGAGGCCUACUCCGUACAAGCCAGCAGCCCUCAAUGCGCAGGUCUACAGGACUCUAUGAGCCGGUUCAGGGAGUUAGCUCCUAGAUGGUCGUAGAUUAUCCACCAGAGUUAAGAUUUCUGUUUGUGAUUACAUUCGGGUUCUCUCGCUGCUUAUUUUUUAUUUUUGCGAUCUGGAGAGUGGACUUGAAUAAGAGGUACAAAUUAGUGUUGCUAUUAGAAAACAAACCGCAUCUUUGAAGUGUUCACGUCUGCUAUAUUUCUUCAAGCAGAAAUUCUGUCCCUUCCGAACCCCCGGAUCAUAGGAAUUCGAGCUAUUGCAGGAAAAUCCACUA